AUCAUACCACUGGUUACCUAAAAAUAUCCACACUAAAAACAAACAUUUAUUGUGUCGUGUCCGAAUCUUUGUGAUUGGGAGCAAAGGCCGUGUUGUCUGAACUGUUUUUAAUUGUUUCUCUCUCUCCCUGUCUUUUCUGCGGGCUCUCAACUCUCGAGGACCGAGGCCAUUACAAAGAUUCCUUGAAUACCUUUUCUUUAAGCUCUUAUUUGACCUUUCAAUCUGACCUUUGGUUAAGCCAAAGGAAGAUCUGCAAAUGUUGAUGCUUUUUUUUUUCUUUGCAAAGGAUUGAACAGAAGCUCCGAGAUGCUGCUGGUUCUCUCUUCUACGUGAUUUUUGGGAAAGAAGAUCGAAGACCCAUUUUCCAUUGGAAGGUAAAUUGGUUGCUCGUUUCGUUACAUUUUGGUUUGGAAUUUCAUUGUUUUAUGGUCAAGAGUGGUGCCUUUUUGCUUGUUUUGUUAAAAUGGAGCAUUUGGGUACAUUCUGUUGGAUUUGAAAUUACUGAUAAUUGCUUAGACAGUUCAUUGGAGAUCAAGAAGUUUGCUUUGGCUUUGGUAGAUUUACCAGCAUUUUUAAGAUGAGAGGGAAAGUUGUACUUUUGAAAUUGAAUUCAGAUAGUUGAAUAGAUCUGGUACGAUUGAUUUAAUAUUUAUUGGUUAAUAUGGGCACUAGAUUGUUGCAGAAGAGAUAAAUUAAGGAAUAUGCAAUGAAGCAAGGAGCACAUAUUGCAUAUUGGUUGCUUAUGUUUAAAACGAGCUUGUGAUAAAUUUGGCUGCUCUCUUGCGGUGAUUCUUUAUUGAUUAAGAGGUACAACAGAUUAGUUUUAUGGCAUCAAUUAGAAGAACACUAUCCCCAGUGCCUCGACAGGGGACACUAGUUACUGGAGAGCCUGAACGUUCAGUUCCUUCUCCUUUGGCCAAGUCAUCAUCAUGUACUCAGAGCUACCCAUCGACUGGUGGAUUGCUAACUUCUCUUUUUGGUUUAUCGGAUUCUCAUGCUUUGGUGUUUGGUGUCUUUUCGCCAAGAUCCUCUAGGCCUCUUGACAGGUCAAAACAAAAAGGACAAGUUUGGAGGAGGGCUCUUUUUCAUUUCUUCAUUUGUUUCAUAGUUGGUUUUUUUAUUGGAUUGACACCAUUCAUUUCCGUGGACUUUUCUUAUAUGAAUCCCAUUGCAAAGCACCAGGCAUUCUCUUUUGAGUUAGUAUCAACCGUUCGUGACAGUUCAGAAAGAAAUGUAACAUCAAUGAGAGAUAUCACUGGUGUUGAAAAUAAUGUCACAUUGGAUGCACAGGCACUGGUGCAGAGACAGGAAAGGAUAGAAGGGAAUUUAGAUAAUGCACUGACUAAUCGAUCACUAACUCAAGAUAUAGAUCUGGAUUCUUUUAAGCUUUUGAUAGUUGUAACUUCAACUUAUGCCCGACCACUUCAAGCCUAUUAUCUAAAUCGUUUAGCAUACACACUAAAGCUGGUCCAACCUCCUCUAUUGUGGAUAGUUGUGGACAUGACCUCGCAGUCUGAGGAAACAGCUGACAUCCUAAGAAGGAGCAGUCUUAUGUAUAGGCAUCUUGUUUGCAAGAAAAAUCUGACUGAUGUAAAAGACAGAAAUGUCCACCAAAGAAAUGUGGCAUUAUCUCACAUUGAAACUCAUCAUCUUGACGGAAUUGUCUACUUUGCCAAUGAGGAUAACAUCUACUCGAUUGAUCUCUUUGAGCAAAUGAGGCAUAUUAGGCAGUUUGGGACAUGGACUGUGGCCAAACAAACAUGGGACAAAAGUAGAACUCUAUUGGAGGGCCCUGUUUGUAAUGGAACUCUAGUCAUUGGAUGGCACCUAAAUGGAUUAAGUAGGAGAUUCCGAAGAUUCCAUGCUGAAAUAUCAGGGUUUGCCUUCAACAGUACCAUACUCUGGGAUCCAAAGCGAUGGCACCGACCCACACUUGAACAGAUUAGACAGCUUGACACAGUCAAAGAUGGCUUCCAAGCAAGCUCGUUUAUUGAACAAGUUGUGGAAGAUGAAAGCCAGAUGGAAGGCUUGCUGCAAGACUGCUCAAGAAUCAUGGUUUGGGAGCUUAAUGUUGAAUCAUCUACUUCCUUCUACCCCCAAAAAUGGUUGAUGAAGAAUAAUUUAGACGUUAUCGCUCCACUUGCUUGAAAUUCUGGAUGUGAAAGGACUUCAUUCUGAUUGUCAAGGUGACUGAAAGGUGGCCAAGAGCUGCAUUUCAUUGUCAGCAAAGGUGAUUCAUAAUUAGGCUGAGUGGCCAAGCAUAGGGAUAUUUGAUGCUGAAAUGGCAGGGUAUUUUGCAGACAAGUGUAAACAUAACUUUUGUACGGUAUAUUAUUUUUCAAUUUCUGCGUUGCCUGCGCAUUUUGGUCGAGAGAAAUUCCACGCAUUUUGGUCAAGAGAAAUUCCAUGAUACUAGUUAGGAAAGGACGGUCAUAUUAAAAGCAUCCUUGCGUGACACAGACUUGUAAUGUUACUUUGGCUCUCAUUCUGGUUUAGCUAUUCUUUCGAGCAAAACCGAAAGCAAUUUUGAUUAUUUACCUGUUACCUCUAGCUCUGCCUUUUUGAUACAUUUUUAUCUUGCAUAUAUCUUAUUCAUUUGUGAUGCAGCUUUGAGUUCAGCAGGAAACGUUGUUUCAAAGAAGUAGAGAGGAGGCCACUAAAUUAAUCUAAACCGCUGAGAACAAGAUGG